AGCUGCACCCUGCGAAGUGGUCUUUCCGUGCGAAGCCGAAUUCUUGAUGAUACAAAAAGUGAUUGCUCUACAUCGACUUCGACGACCUCUGGUCUACAAUACUAGUGAGAAAAGAAGGCUCUAGCACUAGCACUAGCUCGUCGUGGGUGUGAACGACGGGAAGAAUAAAAAGCAGGAUAAAAAUUGAUUCUGAGAAAUAUGCCCUCUGACGACCGGACGGGCUCGGAGCCCGCGCAGCCUUCAAGGCUGCUUUCACCCGGGGCUCACAUGAACCGCAUGCGAAUGAAGGCGAACGCACCAUUGCACGUAUUUUGCUUUUGGGUUUCUGUAUCAUUGCGACGUGUUUUGAGGUGGAAGUAGAAGGGUGCAUAUGUAUCGUAUAAAUGAGCAUGACAGGAGAUGAAGAAACCAUAGCCCUCGUCGGUUCGAAGUUUUUACAGCAUGCAGUUGCAAACCUUGAUCGACGUUAGGUUCAAAAAAACAAAAAACGAUUAGGUUCAAGCAAACACAGAGUUCAACCGGUAUUACAUGAUGGACGAGUGGCAGUUUGACAGUUCAAAAACAGCAAUGAAGUCCGACUACCAGCACGCUUGCGAUUUCCUGAAGAAAAGGUGGUCACCCGUGAGGAAAAAGUAUUUUUCUAUGACAUAACCUCCAAUUUUUAUUUUUGUUUCCUGGCUGUCUCUGUCGUUCAUUCACAUUCUACAUUUACAUUUUUUUCAUGUUCACCUUACUUCUCCUCGUGCGCAUGGGUCCGUCGUCGCUGUCCUCAAUAUAUAUGGUAUGUGAUUGUCUUUGUCAUUCUCAUUGUCUUUGUCCUCACUUGUCGUUGUGUUGUCUGAUAUAGAAAAAACCAAAUAUGUUUGCGGCACCAUCUCUGCCCAAAAAUAAACCAGGAAAGCGGACGUUCCCAUCCCCUUCGACAUGCGAGACAGCAAAAAUGUGAAGACGCUGUUCGGGCACCCGUUUGCGCACAAGUUAUCCCCAGAAAAAGUGUUAACGUUUACGGUUUUCGCAGAUUGCAGCCAUGCAUCACAAAUUUAGCCUAGUGUGCAUGCUAUGCAUGACAAAUUUGGGCACGCUUUGUGAUGCAUUGCCGCAUCACAAAUUCCUUAAACGUAUAACACUUUUUCCUGUGAUACCAGUGUGAGUCGCUUUACAUCGACAGUUACCAAUCCGACGCGUGGCAUAGAAGAGGUAUUAUUUAAUAUCGGAAGAUGAAAAUGACGCAUUCUCGUGUCGCAAAUGCUUGCAAACAGGUUCAGAGGAGGACGGGGGAGUAUAUCCAAUCAUAUCGUCCUCAUCGUCAUCCGAAUUAUGAAUCUUACCAACCAACAAAUACAAAACUAGCCAGAAGUACUUCUAAAGGCGAAAUAAAUUUCAAACAUAUACAGAAAACGCAAAACCACUAUGCAUCACCAUCAGGUCUCCACAAGGCUCGGAAGGAGUGUGGUAUAAAUGGGCUAUCCACCACGGAUGUGACCAAAAUGGCGGAGGGAAUGGACCUGAUGAAGAAUGUGGUGCGGAAGUAAAGUAGAACAGGAGUAGGAGGUGGACCACUGCUGGAAGAUUAUUUCCUGCUGCUCGCACGGGAGAGGGACGGCGGCGAGGAACAAGAUGAAAGGACGAGUUAUGACCUCCUGGUGCUCAUUCCGAACCAGAAAUCAAAAAAAAAAAAUGCACCACCUACUAAUAUGCUAUUUGUCUUAAAACCUUGUCUCCACGUAAAAAAAGCAACACUACGAAUAUUACUUUCAUGAACAUCAAACCACUGCACUUAUUGCAAGAAAUGAAACACAGCAGCACCACAUGGUUGCUGACUAGCUAUCGCAAAGCUGCUUUCCGCAGCUAUUGGAAGCUAUGUCAAUGAAUAGAUUUUUAUGCGAUGAACAGAAACAGUUUCAAAUGCCAGGAAAAUGAACAACAGUUUUAAGAAUUUGCGCUAUUUGUAGCCCUCGUUCUACUUUUCGCGCGAAGGAAUUAUGAUCCGGAGGGUUUAGCUUUCGGUUCUUCUUGGGUAGUACUAGUUUGGCUACCUCCCGGACGGGGCGUCAGCUCGUCCUGUUGGUUGGACUACUACAACUUUCUAUGUAUAUGAGCUGGACGAACUACGCUUCGUCGUUGAAGAAGUUAUUGUCGAACAAACAGAAACUGUACAAUAGGAAUAGUAAUAGAGCAGGUUACUAGCAAAGAACAAAGGGCGUCGAUAUAAUAACACCCGCCUGCCCCUAACUGGGUGAGAGCAGGAGCAAGGUCUCUAU